AUGAGCAUUCACAUCCCCCGCUUGUUCAUUCGAAUUCCUCGCCUGGAGCUGCCCCAGAACCAGGACCCGACGAUGGAGGACGCACCGGAGGAUGAUCGCGACGUCAAGCUCCAAAAGGCGUCCAGCGAUCUCAUAGCCGACUUUGAUCGCUCGCUGACGCCCUUUCUCCGCAAACCCAACGGCGAGCUGCGCACCCGCGUCCGCAUCAGCGAGACGGCGAGGCUCACAUCCACCGUGCGUGAGCCCGACCUGCCUCCUCUCCUCGACCCCUUCCAAGAACUGCCGCAGCUCCUCGAUCCCCAUCUGCCGAAAUGGCUGCCCCUCCUCGCCGCCUCGUACCUGGAGAACCUCUACACGCAGGCCGGCCGCCUGACGAGACCAUCGUCAGCCGCGCCCACCGCCCGAGCCCAGCUGCUCGAGCCCCUGCCCGCCGCCAUUGCCCGCCUCGUCUACACCCUGACCAAGAUCCGCGGCGCCGCCGUCAUCCUGCGCUUCCUGCCCGUCGAGGCCCGCCACCUCGAGCCCCUGCUGGCGGCCCUCGAGUCGGCCGAGCGCAGGGCCGCCAGGCCCUCGCUCCUCGCCCUGACCGACUCGGUCCGCGCCCACGCCGCCGCCGCCGAGCCCUCCCAGCGCGACUGGAUCUGGGAGGAGCGCUACCUCGUGCUCCUCUGGCUCGCCCAGCUGCUGCUCGCCCCCUUUGACCUGUCGACCAUCUCCUCGGCCGACCCCGCCGACGACCCCGCCGCCGCCGCCGCCGCCGCCCUCGUGCCGCUGCCCGGCUUUGCCUGGCCCAGGGGCCUGCCCGCCAUCACCACGCGCGUGCUGCCCCUGGCUGUCAAGUAUCUCGCCUCGCCCGGCAAGGAGCGCGACGGCGCGCGCCACCUCCUCGUCCGCCUGUCCAUGCGCCGCGACAUGCAGUCCCUCGGCGUGCUGGAUGCCCUCGUCAGCUGGGCCCUCGCCUCCCUGCGCCCACGGGACGUCGCCACGACCAAGACGGCCGACGACAUCGACGACAACGACAACGACGACGGCAGCCCUCAUGCGCCCGAGCACCAGCCCUACUUCCACAUUGGCGUCCUCUCCUUCCUCGCCGGCGUGCUCCGCGCCUCCGUCAACACGUCCGACAUGGACGCCUCGCUGUCCGCCAUCUUUACCGUCGUCCACGCCGUCUCCGAGGCCGAUUCGCCCAUCGCCGCCUCCAUCCGCGCCUACGCCGUCGCCCGCAAGAUGGUCAUCAAAGUCAUCCGCUCCAUCGCCGUCCUCCUCCUCGGCAGCGGCGGCCACCAGCACAGAGACCGAGAGCCCCACCCGGCCAUCGACCUCGUCGAGCUCGCCAUCGGCUACCUCUUGGAACGUCUCGCCGACAACGACACGCCCGUCCGCCUCGCCGCCUCCAAGGCCCUCAGCGUCAUCACCCUCAAGCUCGACCCCGACAUGGCCGACGAGGUCGUCGAUGCCGUCCUCGACGCCCUCAACCGCAACGUCCUCUGGGCCGUCUCCGCCGUCGGCACCGCCGAGCCCGUCCGCGACCUGUCCGCCGUAGACCCCCUCGAGUGGCACGGUCUCACCCUGACCCUGUCCCACCUCCUCUACCGCCGGUCCCCGCCCGCCCGCCAGCUGCCCGCCAUCAUCGCCGCGCUCUUGCUGGCCCUCGCCUUUGAGAAGCGCAGCACCUCCGGCAGCUCCGUCGGCGCCAACGUCCGCGACGCCGCCUGCUUCGGCAUCUGGGCCCUCGCGCGCCGCUACACCACCGCCGAGCUGCUGGCUGUCCCCACCGGCGAAACGACUUCUUCUUCUUCUUCUUCUUCUGCCCCCCCUUCAAUUCUCCAGCGUCUCGCCACCGAGCUGACCGUGACGGCGUCCCUCGACCCCGCCGGCAACAUCCGACGCGGCGCCUCCGCCGCCCUCCAGGAGCUCAUCGGCCGCCACCCCGACACCUUUCCGAGCCUCGUCGGCGCGCCGGAGACCGGGCUGUCUGCCGACAAUGUGUCCGUCGCGCAGCGCGUCGUUCGCGAGGUGACCGACAUACUUCAGGCCGUCAACCAGACGACCUACCGUCGCCCAGAACUCGUUGCCGAGGCCGCGAACCGCCUCAUCAUCGCCUCGCUGCCCGUACUCCAGGCCUCGAGCCUCGGCGCCGCUGCUAACACGACGCCGACCGGCCUGCAGCUGCUCUGCCCCGGCUUCGAGGUCGUGUCACCGGACAGCACGCAAGAUUUGCUCCAGAUCGUCGCCGCCGUUGACGCCCUGCCAGGGAUCCCGAGUCAAGUGAAAGGUCUCGUCCACCAUUUCGAAGCCACCAUCUCGGCAGGUCUCAGCCGCCACGAAAAGUCUGCCAUCGCCGCCGCCGCGGAAGCGGCCCUCGUGCUCCUUGCCUUUUCAGAACCUGCAGAACGAAAUCGCAUCGUCACGCAGUGGGCCGCGACGACUCGCCAGAAGCCUACAUCCCGGACGACCUCGGACCACGGCUACUUUGCAGCCCUGACCAUGGCCCACCCCCUGACAAUGACGGCGACCAGGGGUAGCACCUCCGACACUGCCGACGCUCCCGGGAGGAACAUUACGACAGACGCCAUUCUGUCGCGCUGGGCGAGCGACAAGGACAUUGACACGAGGGUGGCCAUCCUGCAGAGCCUCACAGAGAGCGUCGUACUGCAAGACGGCGCCUCGGCAUUCCUGGACCUGCUGGCUCAGGGCCUCAACGACUACACAACUACCGCGCGGGGCGAUGUAGGCUCGCAUGUACGACUGGGCGCGUUGCGCGCAACAAGGUGCAUCUGGCGAUCGCUGCAGCCGGGUGGCUCUGCGCGACAGCAGGAGUACUUGAGGGCUGCCGUGUCAAAGCUCUACCUUAACGUUCUGCGCCUGGCCGCGGAGAAACUGGAUCGCGUCCGCACAGAGGCACAGGCUGUGCUGUCGCUUACCUUGACGCCCAGCUAUGCCGUGUGGUUUAAUAAGCUUACGUUUUCAUCACGCACCUACCUCCUUGCACUGUUGACUCUCUACGCGCAAGAUGAAUACAUUCACCCUCUGAUCAUGGAACUGGCCAGGGCCGACCCUGGUGCAUGGAUGGCAGAGCUCCUCGCGGGCUACGUCACUUCUGCGGACACGGGCAACGAGGACCUUGUCAUCGCGGCGCGUGCCGCUCUCACCGAGUACUGCAGCAUGGCGCCGGCUAAUCGAGAUGAUGUGUGUACAGCUCUUGUUCGUAACCUGUCGUCGCGGCAAGGCCAGGACAGGGUAUUGGUGCCGACGCUGGAAAUCGUCGCGUUUCUAUACCGUGCGGGCCUAUUUGCCGGGUGCCGGGGCGUCGAUCCCAAGAGGCUUUGUCUCCUGGUGCAGAAGGCAGGGUAUAAGACGGGGAGCAUCCGGAAGCUGGAGGCCUGUAUACACGUGUACGGCUGUGUUGCCAUGUUUGAGGAUCACGCAGAGGCUGCAGCGCAAGAGGCGCGGAAGCGGCUGGGAGCCCUCAUGUUCCAUCCCUGGCCGCGAGUUCGGAGUCUGGUUGUUGACGAAUUAUGGCAACUCUUUUGUGACGAUGAGGCCGGGCCCAGGCUCAAGAGCGUAGACUGGGGCCGGGCGGACAAGGGGGCCAUCAGAAAUGUCGUGGAGAGGAUGCAUCGAGAAGGCAUGGAAGAAGCCAAAUCAGUGAUACAAAUUGUCAAGUGGCGUCACUCCCGCGUGCUGGCGCAGCCUCUUGUCUCGUCUUGUUGCUGA